AAAGGCGCCUAUUGGAUGAAAAUCUCCCCUUCGGAAGUUGCGUGGAUGAAGACGUUUGCUCUCUUUUGGUGGGAAAAUGAGCAACAUUAAGACACUUUUACCUUCAAAAUAACACGUCUUAUCGUGGUUUUUGUGAUGUUAAAUACAACUUCAAGAUAACGGGUUAGAACAGUAUUUUACCGCCACAGCAGCGCACAUUCAGUGACAAAUAAUCUAGUAAAAACAGUCGGAUAUUAAGAAAACCAACAUGCCAGAAAUCAAACUCAAACACGUCGUAUCCUGCACCUCCGAAGACAACACUCACAAAGCGGACAACCUGCUGAGCUCAGACACCUACAGAAAGUGGAAAGCAGCCAGAGCUGGAGAGAAGCAGACAUCAGUCAUUCUGCAGUUUGAGAAAGAGGAACAAGUGCACAGUAUUGAUAUUGGAAAUGAAGGAUCAGCUUUUGUUGAAGUGUUGGUGGCAAAUUCUUCAGCACCCAAGACCCAGGACUACGAGGUUCUUCUGGUCACGUCUUCUUUCAUGUCUCCAACGGAGAGCCGUAACGGAACUAACCUGAACCGUGUGCGCUUCUUUGGACCCAGCCAGCUGCAGAAGAGCACAGCUCAGGAAAAAUGGGACAGAGUAAAAAUAGUUUGCAGCCAACCAUACAACAAGAACAUAGCCUAUGGAAUCGCCUUUGUUAAGUUCCACUCUCCGCCUGACAAAAAUGAUCCUCCGACUUCCUCCCCUAAAUUGACAAAGCUGGGACAAUUCAGAAUAAAGGAUGAGUCUCCUUCAUCUGGGUCCAGUCUUCAACCCGGAAGUCUCUUCUUUAACCGAGAAAAUGCAAACAAGUCGAGCACUUCACCUAAAGUGUCUCCUCAGAGUGACAAGUUGAGUUAUGCUGCUGCUGCUCUGCAGGCAGGUGGGGGCCAAGCGUCCUCGUCCUCCUCCAGCUCGGCCUCACCACAGCCGCCUGCAAAAAGAAAGUUUGAGUUUACCAAAGAGCGACUGUCUGCCUCCGGUCCUUCUCCAUCAAACAAAAAAAGCCCAGCUGGUUCACCUGAGAGCAAAACUGCCACGCCCAAAGCCAAGCCAAGCCCCGCCCCUACCCCCAGCCAAAGCACCACUAAAGCGUCAUCCACACAGAGAUCUACUGAGAAAAAGAAGGAGUCUAAACCGGAGCUCAAACCCAAACAAAAAACUAAACCCCAGAGUGAGCAGCAGGUCCCGUUCAACAAGAUCAUGGAGGGGGUGGUGUUUGUGCUCAGUGGCUUCCAGAACCCCUUCAGAGGAGAGCUGAGAGAAAAGGCUCUGGAGAUGGGGGCCAAGUACAAACCCGACUGGACGCCGGACUCAACACAUCUCAUCUGCGCCUUCGCCAACACCCCCAAGUACAGCCAGGUGAAAUCGGCGGGGGGGCUCAUCGUACGGAAGGAGUGGGUGUUAGACUGCCACAAGAGGAAACAGAAGAUCUCCUAUAAACGUUAUUUGAUGGAUGGAGACGAGUCGAGCUCUGAAAGCGAAAUGGAGGUAGACGAAGAUAGCGAGGAAGAAGUGAAGACAAAGUUUCUACAGACUCCGCCGAAGCAGGAAAGACAAGUCACCCCGAAGAAAACUCCAGCAAAGAGGGAUGAAGAGGAGGAGUACGCUGGAUCCACUGAUGUGGAGGAACCAGGAGCUGAAGACGAUGAAUCCGGCGUGGACACAGAGGAUGAGCUCCAGAGGGUGGAGAACGAGAGCAGGAGGAAGAAAGCAGCGGCAGAAACGGCAGUGAACGAAGAGGAUCCUUACGGGGGGUCGACAGAUGAAAACACCGACGUUGAAGCUGAAGAGGAUCAUCCCAUCCCCGAGCUACCAGAUUUCCUCAGUGGAAAGCGCUUUUUCCUGUACGGAAAAUUCCCCAACGAUGAGAGGCGACUUCUGUUGCGGUACAUCGUUGCCUUUAAUGGGGUGAUUGAGGACUACAUGACAGAUAAAGUGCAGUUUGUGGUGACCAGUGAAGGGUGGCACGAGUCCUUUGAAGAUGCCCUGAUGGAAAACGGCAAUCUGAACUUCGUGAAGCCCGCGUGGAUUUAUGCCAUCAAUGAACGACAGAAGCUGCUGCCCUACCAGCCUUACACCGUCGUCCCCUGAGCUGCACCCCUCCCUGAACAUCCUCACAAACUCGAGGUUUGCCAAGCCAUGUUUCACCUCAAAAGGGCAAUAAAUCAGCUUCUCUUCUUUAUGUCUUUA